UCUUCCUGUUGGAUUGUAAAAUGGCGCAUUGUUGUCACAACCGUAGCAAUUUAUUUGACUGACAUUAGCAAGCAAUUUAAAGUUAGUCGGCUUAAGAUGCAAUUUUUAGUGCUACUUAUGCACGUUAGAGACACUGACUGAAUAGGAAGGUUCAUGCUUUCGCGUGCAUACUACUCCUUUGACACCGCUCGCCGGGGGAAACAUCGGCUGCUAGCAUUAGCUGACAUUUAGCUAAAUAUCAUAGUGCAGAUUUCCCGCAAAAGCGGAAAAAAAUCAAACGAAGAUGGGUUAUUUAAAGCUGAUAGAGAUCGAAAACUUCAAGUCCUACAAAGGAAGACAGAUCAUUGGACCUUUUCAUAAGUUUACUGCAAUCAUCGGACCCAAUGGAUCUGGCAAGUCAAACCUCAUGGAUGCCAUCAGCUUCGUGUUGGCGGAGAAGACCAGUAACCUGCGUGUGAAAACACUGAAGGAUCUGAUUCAUGGAGCUCCUGUGGGCAAGCCAGCCGCCAACAGAGCCUUCGUCAGCAUGGUGUACCAGGAGGACAACGGAGAGGAGCGCAGCUUCACCAGGGUCAUCAUCGGUUCCUCCUCUGAGUACCGCAUCAACAAUAAGGUGGUGGCCCUGGCUGAGUACAGUGAAGAGCUGGAGAAGCUGGGCAUUCUUAUUAAGGCUAGGAAUUUUCUGGUCUUCCAGGGAGCUGUGGAGUCCAUUGCCAUGAAGAACCCGAAGGAGCGUACAGCUCUGUUUGAGGAGAUCUCCCGCUCUGGGGAGCUGGCCCAGGAAUACGACCGCAGGAAGAAGGAGAUGGUGAAAGCAGAGGAGGACACUCAGUUCAACUACCAUCGCAAGAAAAACAUUGCUGCCGAGCGCAAAGAGGCCAAGCAAGAAAAGGAGGAGGCUGAGCGUUACCAGCGUCUGAAAGACGAGGUAGUGAGGGCCCAUGUGCAGUUGCAGCUUUUCAAGCUGUACCACAAUGAGACUGAGAUUGAGAAGCUGAACAAAGAGCUGGCCCACCGUAACAAGGAGAUUGAGAAGGACCGUAAGAAGAUGGACCAUGUGGAGGAGGAGCUGAAGGAGAAGAAGAAGGAGCUGGGCAGGCUGAUGAGGGAGCAACAGACCGUGGAAAAGGAGAUCAAAGAGAAGGACUCUGAGUUGAAUCAAAAGCGGCCACAGUACAUCAAGGCCAAAGAAAACACCUCCCACAAGAUCAAGAAGCUGGAGGCAGCGCGCAAGUCCUUGCAGAACGCCCAGAAGAUGUACAAGAAACGCAAGGCAGACAUGGACGAGCUGGACAAGGAGAUGAGAGCAGUGGAGCUGGCCAAGCAGGAGUUUGAGGAGCGCAUGGAGGAGGAGGCACAGAGCCAGGGCCAGGACCUCACCCUGGAGGAGAACCAGGUCAAGCAGUACCACCGCCUGAAGGAGGAGGCCAGUAAACGUGCAGCCACGCUGGCUCAGGAGCUGGAGAAGUUCAACCGCGACCAGAAGGCCGAUCAAGACCGCCUCGACUUGGAGGAGAGGAAGAAAGUGGAGACGGAGGCCAAGAUCAAACAGAAGAUCCGUGAAAUUGAGGAAAACCAGAAACGUAUUGAGAAGCUGGAGGAUUACAUCACCACCAGCAGGCAGUCUCUAGAUGAGCAGAAGCGCAUGGAGGAGGAGCUGACUGAAGAGGUGGAGAUGGCCAAAAGGAGGAUUGAUGAGAUCAACAUGGAGCUCAACCAGGUUAUGGAGCAGCUGGGAGACGCGAGGAUCGACAGGCAGGAGAACAGCCGGCAGCAACGCAAGGCUGAGAUCAUGGAGAGCAUAAAGAGACUCUACCCCGGCUCUGUGUAUGGUCGUCUUAUCGACUUGUGCCAGCCCACUCAGAAGAAGUAUCAGAUUGCUGUGACCAAGGUGUUGGGGAAGAACAUGGAUGCCAUCAUCGUUGACUCGGAGAAGACUGGCAGAGACUGUAUCCAGUACAUCAAGGAGCAGAGAGGAGAGCCUGAGACCUUCCUUCCCCUUGACUACCUGGAGGUGAAGCCCACCGAUGAGAAGUUGAGGGAACUGCGUGGAGCCAAGCUGGUGAUUGAUGUCAUCCGCUACGAGCCGCCCCACAUCAAGAAGGCUCUGCAGUACGCCUGUGGCAACGCCCUGGUCUGUGAGAACGUAGAAGACGCCCGCAGGAUCGCAUUUGGAGGGCCCUACAGACACAAGACUGUGGCUCUGGAUGGAACCCUGUUCCAGAAGUCUGGAGUAAUCUCUGGAGGAGCGAGUGACCUGAAGGCCAAGGCCAGGCGCUGGGACGAGAAGGCAGUGGACAAACUCAAGGACAAGAAGGAGAAGCUCACUGAGGAGCUCAAGGAACAAAUGAAGGCCAAGAGGAAGGAGGCAGAGCUCCGUCAGGUGCAGUCUCAAGCUCACGGUCUCCAGAUGAGGCUGAAGUACUCCCAGAGUGACCUGGAGCAGACGAAAACACGCCACCUCUCCCUCAACAUGCAGGAAAAGUCAAAACUGGAGAGCGAAUUGGCGAACUUUGGCCCUCGCAUCAACGACAUCAAGAGGAUCAUCCAGUCCCGGGAAAGGGAGAUCACUGACCUGCGGGAUCGCAUGAACCUGGUGGAGGAUGAGGUGUUUGUGGAGUUCUGUAAGGAAAUCGGAGUGAGGAACAUCAGAGAGUUUGAGGAGGAGAAGGUGAAGAGACAGAACGAGAUUGCAAAGAAGCGUCUGGAGUUUGAGACCCAGAAAACCCGCCUUGGUAUCCAGCUGGACUAUGAGAAGAACCAGCUGAAGGAGGACCAGGAGAAGGUCAUGAUGUGGGAACAGACCGUCAAAAAGGACGAGGCAGAGAUAGAGCGACUCAAGAAGGAGGAGCACAGGCACAUGAAGAUCAUAGAUGAGACCAUGGCUCAGCUGCAGGACCUGAAGAACCAGCACCUCACCAAGAAAUCGGAGGUCAACGAUAAAAACCACGAGAUGGAGGAGAUCCGCAAAAAACUGGGUGGCGCCAACAAGGAGUUGACCCAGCUCCAGAAGGAGGUGACAGCCAUUGAGACCAAACUGGAGCAGAAGCGCAGCGACCGUCACAACCUGCUGCAGGCCUGUAAGAUGCAGGACAUCCGGCUGCCUCUUCGUUCUGGAACAAUGGAUGAUAUCAGCCAGGGAGAGGGAAGCUCCCAGGCAGAGGAGUCCAGCAGCCAGAGGACCUCCAGCACAGUCCUGGCCAAAGAGGCUCUCAUAGAGAUCGACUACAGCAACCUGUCUGAGGACCUGAAGGACGCUCUGUCAGAGGACGAGAUCAAGGCAGAGAUGAACACGCUGCAGCAGCGCCUGAAUGAGCAGCAGAGUAUCCUACAGAGGAUCAGCGCGCCUAACAUGAAGGCCAUGGAGAAACUAGAAAGUGUCAGGGACAAGUUCCAAGAGACCAGCGACGAGUUUGAGGCGGCCCGCAAGAGAGCCAAAAAGGCCAAGCAGGCCUUUGAGCAGAUCAAGAAGGAGAGGUUUGACCGUUUCAACGCCUGCUUCGAGUCUGUGGCCACUAACAUUGACGAGAUCUACAAGGCCCUGUCACGCAACAGCAGUGCUCAGGCUUUCCUGGGCCCAGAGAACCCCGAGGAGCCCUACCUGGAUGGCAUUAACUAUAACUGUGUGGCUCCAGGAAAGAGAUUCAGGCCCAUGGACAACUUGUCUGGAGGAGAGAAGACUGUAGCCGCCUUGGCCCUGCUCUUCGCCAUUCACAGUUACAAACCUGCCCCCUUCUUUGUCCUGGAUGAGAUCGACGCUGCUCUGGACAACACUAACAUUGGCAAGGUUGCCAAUUACAUCAAAGACCAGUCAGUGCAGAAUUUCCAGGCCAUUGUCAUUUCCCUGAAGGAGGAGUUCUACACCAAGGCCGACUCUCUCAUCGGAGUUUAUCCAGAGCAAGGAGAUUGUGUUAUCAGCAAAGUCUUGACCUUCGACCUCUCUCAGUAUCCUGAUGCCAACCCAAAUCCUAAUGAAUAGGACAAGCGCUCCCAGCACUGGCAUUUUGGCAAAUUGGACUGUCAGUUUGCUAUUCUCUGGAUUGAUAAUGUAUUCUGUAGCCAGAUUAUGUAUCAGUUAGGUCAUAGAUGUUAUUUCCUCUUGUUUUUUUAUGUCCAUGUAUUUUUUUUGGAUUGGAAUAGUGAGUUAGUGGGAGAUUUUUUUUAGACUGGGGUUGUGGAGGGUACAACAUCAAGUUAUUUACACGGCUACAACCCGAAUAUAUGUGCAUUUAUACAUGUCAGCCCUUUCUAAUUGUGGCUGUAAGCUAAAACUAUUGAUGGUUUUUGCUCAUGCAAGAGUUUCACAAGCAAACAUGAAAAUCAUUAUCAUGUCAAAAUGGGGUUUUAGUCAAAAUCAGAUUUUGUUCAUGUGGCAAAACCUUAAAAUGAUAUGAUAUUACAUGAAACAUUUUGUUUUCAGAACUUUUAUACUAAUUAUGGCUCCCUUUUCAACUGCUAUAAAGCCCUUGCCUGUCCUUUGGUGUGUGUUGUAAAGGAUGUAUUUGCAUUUUCAAAUGUGCUACUUUUGACCUUUUUUAAAGCUUUAUCAGGACGAAUAUUGUCACCAGUACGGUGAAUACAUUCCGGUUUGCGUCAGCUGCAGCUAACAGCGCAAUAAUGAGAUCAUGGAGCUUGUUAGAGCUGCCCAUGGAAAAUCACUGGAAAGGAAAUGUUUUGAGGUAAUGAAGCUGUGUGAAUAACAACACACCCAUUAUAUUCCUUCAGUAAUAUUCUUAAUCAGCCCUAGGCAAGUGGAGAUCCUGAUUCUCAGUAUACAGUCAGAAUGUUCUGUGCUACAUGUCUAUUCCAUUAUAUUGAUUGCUUCAAUAAAUAAAUUGGAACUAA